UGUCAAUAAAGCUAGCAGAUCAUCCUUACUUCACCAGAUCGAAAGGUCCUACAGAUUCCUUCCCUCGAUCAAAUUCAGACAAAGGAAAAACAGUUAUGGGAGACAACAAUGACGAAGGGCAUCUUACUGACGUUGUGGUGGCUCAGCCCACUGUAGUGGAACAGAACGAAUUGAUCAUGCAGCUGAUGCAACAGAUUGCUGAAAUGAAAGUUGAAAUGCAACGGAGACAGGAUGCGCCUCCACCUGGAUUUGGUACUAAUAUUGCUGAUGCAAGACCUCCGGUCUACUUCCCUUCAUCAAACAUAGAUCCAACUCAGAACCAGCCUUCUACACCUGUGCAUAAUCCGUCUGUGAUUGACCUCACAACCCAAAACCCUCAAUACGCUUCUGCAUCUUACCAAACUCCUUCACCUCUUCCAAAUAACCACCCUCAAAUACCACCCCAUCCUCAGAAUACUCAAACUGCCCCACUGCCACAAAAUCAAAACCAAACUCAAACUGCCUUCAAUACCCAAGCAUUUCAUCCGCAUUUGAGUCAGAACACCAAUCCUCAGGCCUACCCACAAAACUACCAGACCGCCCAAAACAUUCCAAGUCCCUCUAUAGCUCCGCCCCUACCAAAAAGAGCCACCUUCCAAGUUCCCGUUCCUGCCGAGCACGAGGUGCACGGUUCUGAGUUGGAUCACUAUGAAGAACAGGAAAGAGAAUGGAAGGCGAAAGAAGAAGUGAAGAUCGAUAUAAAGGAAGAAAUCAAAAGGGCUAUGAAAGAGCUGCAGUGCAUCCCAGACGCCGUCGGACUUAGCUACGCAGAAUUGUGCAUCCAUCCAGAUUUGAACCUUCCCGAAGGUUUUAAAAUUCCGAAGUUUGACACCUUCGGAGGAGUGGGCAAUCCUAUGGCGCAUUUGAGAGCGUAUUGUGACCAGCUCGUGGGAGUUGGCAGGGAUGAGGCCUUGUUGAUGCGGCUUUUCAGCCGAAGUCUGUGUGGAGAGGCCCUCGAGUGGUUUACUUCACAUGAAACCAGGCAGUGGCCCAGUUGGAAUGCAUUGGCUAAGGACUUCAUUGACCGAUUCGCCUACAAUGUUGAAAUAGUGCCCGAUCGGUAUUCUCUAGAGAAGAUGAAGCAGAAACCAACUGAAAGCUAUAGGGAAUUUGCCUAUAGGUGGAGGAAAGAAGCGGCGAGGGUAAGGCCACCCAUGACCGAGAAAGAGAUUGUGGAAGUGUUCGUGCGGGUACAGGAGCCUGAGUACUAUGAUAGAAUCAUGUUGCUGGUCGGAGCUAAAUUCGCUGAGAUAGUCAAAGUCGGUGAGACUAUCGAAGAUGGUCUAAAAUCGGGGAAGAUAGCCCGUGUAUCUGCGUCGCCUGGGUCUUCAGGAUUGAUAAGAAAGCGAAGAGAGGAAGUUGCCGCUGUCUCGUAUGGGGGAAGAAAAACCCCUAGAAACCCGUCACAUUCCCAAGAUCGUUCCAGGCCUUCCCCAAAGUCCCACCGAUCCAACUACCCACAACCCAAUCAUCCUAGUAACCACAAUACUGUCCCCACCUAUCAGAAUGCUCAAAUUUCGUCAUACCAAAGUACACCCUCUAAUCUCCAAAAUUUUUCUCCCAUAUACCCAAAUUACCCUCAACCAUACCAGAUCCCAUCCCCUUAUCAGAAUAUUGCUCCCAACUGUGCCAACGUACAGUCGAGCUACCGACCACCUCCGCCCACUUAUCAAGUCCAAGCUCCAUUAUACCAGGACCCCCUCCCGAAUUACCAAGCUCCAAUGCCAAAUUUCCAGGCAAACCCUUAUCCCCGGAGCCAAGCUCCUCGUACAAAUACCCCAAAUUAUCAGCGGGUGCCUCCCCCUCGGCAAAGCGGUUAUGAUACUUCCCGUCCGAGAUUUGAAAAAAGGCCUUCAAGGAACUUUACCACACUUGCUGAAAGCUGGACCAAACUAUUUGAGAGGCUAGCCGCAGAUGGAUACAUCCACCCUGUGGGGCCCAAACCCGGGGAUGUCAACUCAAAGUUCUACAGGCCAGAUCAAAGGUGUGCUUAUCAUUCCAACAGUGUUGGACAUGACACGGAAGAUUGCAUCAACCUUAAGCACAAAAUCCAAGACCUGAUCGAUCAGGAGGUAGUUUCUCUUCAACCGGCAGUGCCAAACGUCAACACAAAUCCGUUGCCGAAUCAUGGAGGUGACAACCUUAAUAUGAUUGAAACGGAUGAAGACGGGUGUGGAACAAAGAUGAUUACCCCUAUUAUGAAUGAGGACUUGGAAAGGGCUGUCGCUUCUUUAAGUGUCAAAGAGAGGAGGAAGUUUGUUAUUCUGACACCUGCAAAGGCUGUUGCCUUGGUGCCUUCGAAAACCCUCGUUAAGCCCAAAUUUGUCAUUGAAACUGCCGUGGCCCAAGGCAUGACCAGGUCCGGAAGGUGCUACACUCCUGAUGAGCUUGCUCUCGGAGGACAGAAGAAGGACCAUGCUAAGAGGCCGAUAAGCGAGGGGGAAGCAGAAGAAUUCUGGAGAAGGAUGCAACCGAAGGACUAUUCCAUCGUCAAACAUUUAGAGAAGACUCCGGCUCAGAUCUCCGUGUGGGCCUUGCUGAUGAGCUCUCAGUCCCACAGGCAGGCCUUAAUGAAAGCUCUUGAUGAUACAUACGUACCCUCAGGUACAAGUAGUGAUAACGUGGCCGCUAUGAUUCAUCAAGUCAUUCGGGGGCACCGGAUCAGCUUUUGUGACGAUGAGUUGCCAGUCGAAGGAAGAUCCCACAACAAAGCGCUACACAUUACCGUGAUAUGUCGUGGAAAGGUUGUCAACUGUGUUUUGGUAGAUGAUGGGUCCGGUUUGAAUAUUUGCCCAUUGACGACGUUGAGGCAACUAAAUUUUGACCUUGGGAAACUGGAGCAGAAUCAGGUCAAUGUAAGGGCAUUUGAUGGUGUGCAAAGAGACACCUUGGGGGCUGUGACUUUGACCCUUCAAAUGGGCCCCGCAGAGUUCAGUGCGCAAUUCCAAGUAUUGGACAUAGACACUAGCUACAACCUUCUUUUGGGAAGGCCGUUUAUCCACAUGGCUGGAGCCGUCCCCUCUACUCUCCAUCAGAUGAUGAAACUUGUGUGGAAAAAUGAAGAGUUAGUGAUUCACGGCGAGGGAAGUCGCUCGGGCAAGCAGGUGUCGGUCAUUGAUGAGAUGCCGCAAGGCGCAGACUUUUACACGGUGGAGCUGGUGAAUGCCACCAACCAAGAUUUGGCCCUCAACUCCAUGCCAACCGUGUACAAAAUGAUAGCCACGGUGAUGCUGCAAAAUGGGUUCGAGCCAGGUUUCGGAUUGGGAAGAGAUUCCCAAGGAAUUAUCGAGCCUGUUCCGGUCUUUGCUCAGGGGUUGAAGUAUGGUUUGGGGUACAUCCCCACAGAUGAUGAUAUGAAGAUGAAGAGGAGGAGGGAUCAAGAGUUGACUAAGCCGAUCCCGUAUCUCUAUCACUCCUUUCCAGUUCGGGAGCACGCCGAGCCUGAAGACGACGGGGAAGGAAUCUGUGACCUGUUCAAGGAGAUCAAUGCCGUCAUAGAGGAGGAGGCUGAGCCAGCUGGCUUUCGCGAUGCUGAACCGGGGGAGAUGCUGAAGAAUUGGACGUCCACACCAAUCCUGAUGUCCCGAACUUUUGGUAACGUAAGUUACAAACCUGCCAACGUCAUGUCAUGUCAUGAGCUAAACGAACAAAAUGAGGUAAAUGACGAUGAGGCUGACGACUACGACGAAGAAAGUGGGGAACCAGACUAUGUAGUAGAAGAGUUUCGACAGUUCGAGAAUCAACAUAAACCGAAUCUGGAGGAAACAGAGACGGUAAAUUUGGGAGAUUCAGAAUGUGUCAAAGAGGUUAAGAUCAGCACUCACCUGAAUGAAACUCAGAAGGAGAGCCUGAUUCAUUUGCUUGCCGAAUACAGCGAUGUGUUUGUUUGGGAGGUCAGUGACAUGCAGGGGCUGAGUACCGAUGUCGUAUCUCAUAAGCUGCCUAUCAACCCAGGGUUCGAGCCAGUGAAGCAAAAGACUCGGAAAUUCAAGCCUGAGUUGAGUUUGAAGAUUAAGGAGGAAAUCACCAAGCAGAUAGAGUCCCGGUUGGUAGAAGUAACGCAAUAUCCCACCUGGUUGGCGAAUGUCGUUCCGGUCGCCAAGAAAGAUGGAAAAAUCAGGAUUUGCGUUGAUUACAGAGAUCUCAACAAGGCUAGUCCAAAGGAUAAUUUCCCGUUGCCAAAUAUCCAUAUUCUGAUUGAUAACUGUGCCAAACAUGAGAUGCAGUCAUUUGUGGAUUGUUACGCGGGUUAUCACCAGAUUCUGAUGGAUGGAGAAGACGCGGAGAAAACGGCCUUCAUCACACCUUGGGGGGUAUAUCACUACAGGGUGAUGCCGUUUGGGCUCAAAAACGCCGGUGCCACUUACAUGAGAGCCAUGAUGACUAUCUUCCACGACAUGAUUCACAAGGAAAUUGAAGUGUACGUGGACGACGUCAUAAUUAAAUCCCGCGAGAGUUCGGAUCAUUUGACACACCUGCGAAAAUUCUUUGAACGUUUGCGUAGGUACAACUUGAAGCUAAAUCCCGCCAAGUGUGCUUUUGGAGUCCCAGCUGGGAAAUUGUUAGGGUUUAUAGUCAGCAGAAGAGGUAUUGAGCUCGACCCUUCCAAGAUCAAAGCAAUUCAGGAGUUACCUCCGCCGAAGACGAGAAAAGAGGUGAUGAGCUUCUUAGGGAGGUUAAACUAUAUCAGUCGCUUUAUAGCACAAUCGACGGUGGUAUGUGAGCCUAUCUUCAAGUUGCUGAAGAAAGAUGCCCCAACUAAGUGGACUGAGGAGUGCCAGACCGCUUUCGACGCUAUCAAGAGCUACUUGUCUAACCCACCAGUAUUGGUUCCUCCACGAGAAGGGAGUCCUUUGUUGCUAUAUUUGUCUGUCUCGGAUAACGCCUUUGGAUGUGUACUUGGUCAACACGACGAGACAGGGAAGAAGGAAAAAGCUAUCUACUACAUCAGCAAGAAGUUUACUCCGUACGAGUCUCGUUACACUUUGCUGGAAAGAACAUGCUGUGCUCUGACAUGGCUUGCCCAGAAGCUGAGGCACUAUUUGUCUUCGUAUACUACAUAUCUUAUCUCCAGAAUGGAUCCAUUGAAGUAUAUUUUCCAGAAAGCGAUGCCGACCGGGAAGCUGGCUAAAUGGCAAAUGCUGUUGAGUGAGUUUGACAUCGUGUACGUGACUCAGAAGGCAAUAAAAGCACAAGCUUUGGCUGAUCAUCUUGCGGAAAAUCCCGUUGAUGAAGAGUAUGAACCUCUCAAGACAUAUUUUCACGAUGAAGAAGUGUCAUUUGUGGGUGAAGAUAUCUCUGAAGUUUAUCCAGGUUGGAGAUUAUUCUUUGAUGGAGCGGUGAAUCACCAGGGUAAAGGUGUUGGAGCAGUCUUGGUAUCAGAAUCUGGUCAGCACUAUCCUAUGGCGGCUAAGCUACGGUUCAACUGCACAAACAACAUGGCUGAGUAUGAAGCUUGCAUUCUCGGUUUGAAAAUGGCCGUUGACAUGAAUGUUUACGAGUUACUGGUUAUUGGAGAUUCAGACCUCUUGAUCCAUCAGGUUCAAGGAGAAUGGGCUGUGAAGAACCCAAAGAUUGUACCUUAUGUACAAUAUGUGCAAAACCUGUGUAAAAGGUUUCGCAAGAUCGAGUUCAGACAUACUCCCCGAAUACAGAAUGAAUUAGCUGAUGCUCUUGCCACCAUCGCUUCAAUGAUCAAACAUCCAGAUAUUGAUUACAUCGACCCGCUGGAUAUAGAUUUGAAGGAGCACCCAGUCCAUUGUUCACACGUGGAAUCAGAACCAGAUGGUUUGCCUUGGUACUUCGACAUAAAGAGGUAUUUGGAGUCUGGGACAUAUCCAGAAGACGCCACAUCUAAUCAAAAGAAGUCGAUACGUCGUAUGGCUCUCAAUUUCUUUUUGAAUGGAGAAGUCCUUUACAGGAGGACUCCAGAUUUGGGUCUUUUGAGAUGCGUGGAUGCUGCUGAAGCCGUGAGGCUUAUUGAACAGAUACAUGCUGGAGUCUGUGGCACACAUAUGAACGGGCUUACCUUGGCAAGAAAAGUCCUUCGAGCCGGUUACUUCUGGAUGACUAUGGAGAACGACUGUUGCAAAUUCAUGCAAAAAUGCCAUAAAUGUCAAGUGCACGGAGAUUUGAUAAGGGUGCCACCUCACGAACUCAAUGCUAUGAGUUCACCUUGGCCAUUUGUAGCUUGGGGAAUGGAUGUCAUCGGUCCUAUAGAACCGGCCGCUUCCAAUGGACACAGAUUUAUUUUGGUUGCCAUCGAUUAUUUCACCAAAUGGGUGGAAGCAGCCUCUUACAAAUCGGUAACCAAGAAAGUGGUGGCCGACUUUGUCCGCAACAAUUUGAUCUGCCGAUUUGGAGUUCCAGAAUCCGUCAUCACUGAUAACGGUGCAAAUCUCAACAGUCAUCUGAUGAAAGAGAUAUGUGAACAAUUUAAGAUUAUCCACCGAAGGUCAACUGCUUAUCGCCCUCAAAUGAACGGAGCUGUAGAGGCCGCCAACAAGAACAUCAAGAAGAUUCUGAGGAAAAUGAUUGACAAGCAGCGGGGUUGGCAUGAAAUGUUGCCAUAUGCUCUACUGGGUUAUCGAACGACGGUCAGAACAUCAACUGGGGCUACUCCAUACUUGCUAGUAUACGGAACAGAAGCAGUCGUACCUGUCGAAGUCGAGAUACCGUCACUGAGGAUCAUCCAAGAAGCCGAGCUAAGUAAUGCUGAGUGGGUUAGCAAACGGAUUGAUCAACUAGCCUUGAUUGAUGAAAAGAGGAUGGUUGCUGUUUGUCAUGGCCAGUUGUAUAGACAAAGAAUGACUCGCGCUUUUCACAAAAGAGUAAGAGCCAGAAAUUUUGAAGUUGGUCAGUUGGUUCUUAAGCGUAUUUUUCCUCAUCAAGACGAGUACAAAGGAAAGUUCGCACCAAACAGGCAAGGUCCUUACAUGGUCCGCAAAGUACUAUCUGGAGGUGCUUUAGUCUUGUCAGAGAUGGAUGGCGCUGUGUGGCCCAAACCUAUCAACUCAGAUGCUGUCAAGAGAUAUUACGCGUGAAGUUCGUUUUGCAUUUCCCAUCAUUUACUUGUAAUCUUCUGUUUGCUUGUAUUUGUUCGAACUUGAAUUCUUAUCCCUCUUGUAACGAACUACGUCUGACCUGAAUUCUCGAGAAUGAGAUACGUAGGCGGCCUAUGUCGGCUUCGGUCACCCCAUUUACCCCCCUUUACUAUUUCUUUGUACCUGAACUACGUUCGACCUGAAUUCUCAAGAAUGAGAUACGUAGGCGGCCUUUGUCGGCUUCGGUCGGUUUCUUUGUAAAUUUUAUUCUUGUUAACCUUUAAGGGGAACU